CUCUGGCGGGCUGCACUGUCUCUGACAGCCGCGUUUAAGAACAUCAAAGAGGGAAAAAAAGAUAAAAAGAACAGAACAGAAUGACGAAACGGCGCUCGCGCAGGACGGCCGGCGGCGACACAGACGGACGGACCGAGCGCGCGACCGCUCACUGACGCGUCCAGGUGGUGGUGGUGUGUGUGUGUGUGUGUGUGUUUGGGGGGGCUUAUAAUUAAUUGUGUGUGCGUCCAUCAUAAAUCCGACAGUAAUUGCGAGGCGCGGCGGAAACAUCACAGCGGGAAGAAGAAGAAGAAGAAGAAGGUCGGACGCGAUUCAUGCUCGGUGACCCCGCGCGACUUUCCAGGAUGGGCGUGGUCACUGAAGGAGAAGACGUCUUAGCAAGAUGGAGCGAUGGACUUUUAUACCUCGGCAACGUCAAAAGAGUAGACGUCGUCAAACAGUGCUGUUUGGUCAGAUUCGAGGAUAAUUCAGAGUUCUGGGUCCUCAGGAAAGACAUUCAGUCAUUCUCAGCCAGUGGAGAGGAAGUGUGUUGUGUCUGCGACGGUCCUCCUCUUAAAGAGCCACUCGUAAUCUGUCUGAAAUGCCGCCACUGUUAUCAUGCUCAGUGCCAUACUCCGGCCAUCGACCCUGAGAUGGACAGCGACACCUGGAUCUGUCGCCAGUGCGUCUUUGCCGUCGCCACCAAGAGGGGCGGAGCCUUAAAACGAGGACGCUUCGCUCGACUCAUGCAGUUGAUGAAGAUGAGGCUGCCCUAUCAGCUUUCCACUCUGGACUGGGACGCUCAGCAUCUGACCAAUCAGCAGCAGUGUUACUGCUACUGCGCCGGACCAGGAGAGUGGAACCUGAAGAUGCUGCAGUGUGGCAGUUGUGGCCAGUGGUUCCACGAAGCCUGCACUCAGUGCCUGACCAAACCUCUGCUCUACGGGGACAGGUUUUAUCACUUUCAGUGUUCAGUAUGUACGAAUGGACCAGAGACCAUUCAGAGACUUCCAAUGACCUGGGUAGAUUUGGCUCAUUUGGUGCUGUAUCAUCUGUCCCUGUGCUGCAAGAGGAAAUACUUUGAUUUUGAUCAUGAAAUAAUGGCCUUCACCAACGAGAACUGGGAUUCGUUGCUGUUAGGCACGCUGUCAGAUACGCCCAAGCAGGACCGCUGUCACAAUCUGCUCAAUGCAUUGAAUUCCCACAAGGACAGGUUCGUGUCGGGGAAAGAGAUCAAGAAGAAGAAGUGUCUCUUUGGCCUACAAGUGCGAGCUCCGCCGCCGCUGUCAUCCGAUUCCUCACCCCUCAUCACCGAGCAGCCCAUCAACAUCACGCACCGCAAAAGUCCGCUGUCACUGCCGUGCCAGAGACGACCGGUGGGCUCCGAGUCUCGCAAAUCAAAGCGGCGCAUCACAGAGACACUUCAGCAGCCAUGUCCACCAGCGAACCAGAUCAAUCUAGUGCCCUGCUGUCACGGCUGUGUGAACGGCGCGAGCGUCUACAACUCCCGGAAAUCCGAGGAGGAAUUAGCGCUGGGGUCACCUCCUAAGAGAAUGUUCUCUCUCUAUCACCCGUCGUAUAACGGAUCUCAGGGUCUGCCUCGAACGCUGCAUCACUACAGUGCCGAGGACCCUUGUCGGCUUCCCGCGCCCUGUCUCCCCUUUUCCAUGUCGUCUAGUCAGCCACCAGGGCAGAGGUUUGAACAGUGCCCAUCUCUGUUCCUGCGCGACGUCGCCCCCUACCCCAACGGCGUGAACUUGGAAGGGCACACGGCAGCGCGAGGCUGGGGCGGAGGCGAGGCCGUGAGGAUCCUGGCCAGGCGCAUUACGCCGGACGGAAAGGUCCAGUACCUGGUGGAGUGGGGAAAUGUCCGAGUUUAUUAGAAAGGGAACACGGGAAAACUUCAGAAGUUACAGCCGAUAAACGACACGGAUCCAGGUGGAGGCUGGACAGCAACUUGAUUCUGUCAGGUUAAACUGUCAGAAAUCAUCCCUCUCUCCUUUCCACGGUGUCUCCUAUACUUCGAAUACUGUUAGAAAACACCUUUAGAAUGCCUUGAACUUUACUAUCCUGAUUUGUAUCAUAUAUAAUAUACCAGAUACUGUAUAUUCAUGCUAAUGACACGUCUUUCUCAUGUUAAUGGGAUUUCUUUCGUCCAAAAUCAGAGAAUUAAGGUGAGUUUCUAAAUUAUGACGGGUGUUCAAGUCAAACCGGGACUUGUGAUGAAAUGGUGUAUGGUUAUGGUGUAAACGUGAUUGAAAUUUACGGAAGUCUUACACAAGCACGGUACAGUGAUGAAACUCCCACUCGCAGUAAAAAAAAUCAACUUUUGAAUGGUGCAAACAUUUUAAAGAAGGUCGUAUGUUCAUGAGUGAUGAUCCCGGGCCAGGUGGCUCAGGAUCCACUGCAGACGUUCCCGUGAAACAUUUAGUGAGUGGAACGCCUGAUCUUUCAGACAUGGCUCCGGUGUACUGAGAAAACUUUCUACCUUGAUGGUGUCCAGGCCGCAGUGAAACACUGGGAUAAGUGCAUUAGCGUAGGAGGGGAUUAUAUAGAGAAAUAAAAGGAGUCUUUCCUCUCAGAACUGCUUUUCUGUCAUUCUGCACAAUCAAAAGUCCCAGUUUGACUUGAACACCAGUAUGCCAGUAUUUGUGACAAUACCGCAAGAGUACAGAAAGGCAUCCUGGAUCAAUUCUCAUGAUAUAAGUUACAAUGAUUUACCUCUUAUUAUGCAAUUUUAUUUUUAUAUAAUUGAUAAUGAGUUUAUUUUGCACAUCUCGAGAUCAUCUGAAAUGCCCUGUAGCACUUCUCGUUUUAUUCUCUUUUUAUUCAGAUUUAUUAUUUUGGGGUUAGAUAUAUGUAAGUUUAUAAAUGCGCAUAUUAGAAGUGCACUAUUUUGUUUGACAGCAGGUUCAUGGUGAGGAACAGCAGAUGUUAAACAUUUACAGUAAAUGCACAAGAAUUUUAUGACAGAAACUUUUCUCUGAUGUUUUAAAGCCCAUAAAUAACCAGGACAAAUAAAAUUAGAGGACAAAUUAUUCAUGUCAUUCUUGUUAUCUCAAGCCUUUAGGUAAAAAUAUUUAAAUAGUUUAUUACUUUGGGUUUUAAAUAUU